UAGAAAAUGAGAGAUAGAAUGGAGAGACUUGUGGUGCUUCCUUUCUCCGUCGGGUGUAUCUCCGAUUCAAGUGUUGCCGUUUUAUCUCCUCUCUCUAACUCUAAGCCUCAUCAUCAUCGUUCUCCUCAAGAGAUACGUCGUGACCAAGAAGAGGAAGACCACAUGAAGAAUGUAUUCAAGUUCCUCGCAGCUUCUAAACCAGAGAUCUCUACCGGUAUCAACCGGCUUUUCAAGAGCUUCAAAACCAUUUCUCAACUCUUCGCUGACAAAGAAGAAGAGAAUGAAGAAAUAGAGACAACAGGAAUGGAGAUAGGAGUUCCAACGAACGUAAAACAUGUAUCGCACAUCGGUUGGGAAACUGGUUUAACCGCAGUAGCAGGGACAACAGGUAAAGGUAAAGGAUGGGAAGAUCUCAUACCACCGGAGUUGCUUGCUGCAGCCUCUUCAACAAAACAAGAUGCUGUUAAUCCUCCUCCUCAUAAUCAUUAGCUUCAUCCAACUUUAUAAUCCACUCCAUAGCUCUCUCUAUUUAAUUAAUCACGCUUUGUUUUACAAAUCUAUACACAUAUUUUGAUACAUAUAUAAUGGUAAAUUUGAUCUAUAUAUGAAAAUA